AUGGAGAUCAAUCUGAAGGAUGACGAGGGACAGCAAGUGGAGGUGAAGGUGAUGGUGGAUGAUGGCGCAAUGGUAGCAGCGAUGGAUACCAAAGUUUACGAAUGCCUGCGAAAGUCGAUAGGGGGGUGGACAGCAACGCAGAAGAAAUUUCGAAUGGCAAAUGGUAGUGUAGUCCCGGGAAAGGCGUGUUGGAUGGGUCGGGUGAACAAUCAAGGCGCGGAAGUCGAAGGGGGGUUUGAAGUGUUUGAUAGUGGUGGUAGUUGGAACUUCCUGUUCGGCAAACCGCUCCUCGAAAAGUUUGCAGCGGUACAUGACUACCAAAAGGAUUCCAUUUUGUUACGAGGACGGAAAGGGAAUAUACGGGAGGUCUUCAAUGAAGGACUUGGAGCCGCGAUAAAAGGGACAUUGGAGGAAGAGGACAGGGAUUUACCGAGGCCAUCUGCCCCAGUGCAGGCGGUUCUCGAAGAAAGCGAGGGACCAUUGGGCGGGGUUAUCGUGAAGGCAUUAACCCCGCUGGACAGGGAAGUUGAAAACCUGUUUCGCAUAGAAUGGGAACACGUUGCUAACAUCGACGGACAGUACCUACCUAGGAGGUUGGAAGCCGAGAUGGAGGAGUGGUUCAAGGAGUCGAGGAGAAUCCGAAGGGAGGAGGCCAUCAAACAUCAAGAAGCGCUCGAACAGCGGCAGCAGGAGCGAUGGAAGGCUUGGGAACUGGAGGAUGAACAACGGGAUGCUGAAUGGAAGGAGUGGUUGAGAAAGAGGCGCGCAGAGCCUGGCCUACGCAAGUGGUUCUUCUGGUGCAAUAGGCUCAAAGAGCCAGUUCCUCCAAAGAGGUUGAGCGUGAAUUUACCGGGGGGACUUAACGCAUCCCCCUCGAGGGAAGUCUCACCAGAUGUCACAGCAGCUGAAGGCGCCUGUAUUGACCCCUCCUUUGCAGAGUUUUCGCCUCACCAUGCAGACGUAAACCCUACGAAGACGACGUUUGACAUGCAGGAUGGAGUGCAAGGGAAGAAUGCUGCUGAAUUUGAGCCUAACGGCAUAUGCCGAGGAAUACCCAAACCUGAGCUCCCUAGGGCCGGACUUCUCCCAGACGCGUUAGACCAAAGUGACGAUGUAAACCUGUUCACACGCAAUGAGGGAGAGAAUGGGGCGUUUCGGCCAGAGCAUGUAAAGGAAAUUCUCCGCAAGGUAAAAAUUGGGGCGGAACUUUCGGUGGACCAGCGAGCGAGGGUGGAACAGCUCUUGAGUAGCUAUGCCGACUGCUUUGCGCUGUUCGUAGGUGAAGUCAGACCAGUAAAAAACGCAGUCCACCGGCUGAACGUACCAGAGAAUGCCACCCUCCCAAAGAAAGUCAGGCAAAAGUCCCUAACACCGCCCCAACGAGAGUACUUGCAUGCCAAGAUUGAUGAACUCCUUGAAGCAGGUGUAAUCGAGCGUUGCAACCCGGAAGACGUGAAGUGCGUGUCGCCGUUAACUCUGGCGCAGAAGGCACAUGAAGGGAUGGGGCUGACAGUAGAGGAACUGAUGUACAGGCUGAAUGAGGAAUGCGCAGCCACGGGUCUUCCUACUCGUCUAGUACAGACCCCGAGUCCGGCAGAACACGUGGAGCCCACUAAACCAGCAGAGUGGAGAAUCUGUCAGAACUUCAUGGCAGUAAAUAAACUCACGGAGAUAGCGCCAAUGCCUCAGGGCAACAUCAGGUCCAAACAACAGUCUUUAAGUGGCCAUACUGUUAAGAUCAUGUACACCGUGUAA